AUGGAGAUCUUCGAUUAUUGCAGUCCGCCCUCGGACACACUCACAGCCAAUCAGCGAACACCGCUGGUAGAAUCUUGCUUCCAUUGGCUGAGGAGUGUCAGUGGGCGGGACACUGGGCGGACCGAAGUUUGGAACCGGGAACGAGUGGACCUGGUGAGAGACCCGAGAUUGGGAGGAGCUCCCGGGGUAAAGGCUGCAACAGCGGCCGGAGUUUUGAAUCCUUCCGAUGGCGGAGGUGAAGAUUCGGGCGGAGAUUCCGUGAGAUGUUUCAGCCACACAGGGGGUGCCCGGUCUUUCCCCGCCGUGGAUCGGGGCCUGUUGUCCGGAGUUUCCUCCCGGUCCUGUCUCCUGCUGCUGGGAUCCGGGAGCUGGCCCGCAGCGGCUGCCGAUGGAGCUCCGGAGUGUGAGCGCUCCCCUGUGCAAAAGGACAGGCUGAAGGUCAAGGGAGAACCAGGCGCAAAGGUAAUACCAAAAAUAUUAGGUGAUUCACAAAUGGCAACGGCUAAAGUUUCCAAAGCAAUGUCUAAUAAUAGAGGACUUAAAGGGCAGCCUUGCCUCGUGCCACAGGACAACCGAAAAAAUGGAGAUCUUCGAUUAUUGAUUGAACAGGGAGAGCUGAGAGCACCGGACAUCUAUCGGCAGCCGCUGCGGUUAUUUCAUGUUCUCCUUGUUUAUUUGCAUUGGCGGUUUGUUGUCUUUUGCACUGUGGCUGAUCUUUCAGUGAUCCAAAUAUAGUUACCGUUCUCUGGCUUUGCUCUGUAUGUUUGUAGGAGUUGUAUGUGGCGACUUAUAUGUACUCUGUUAGUUUUUGGAAUAGUCACUUGGGGAAUCUGAGGUGGAGGAGUACUUGGGGCUUAUUUUAAAUUAUACAUAGAUAUUAUCCAACCAAUGUUUAUUUGACAAGGGUUAAUUCUGAUAUUGAAACUAACUGUUAUUUUUGUGGUUUAUAACCAGAGGAUUUAUUUCAUCUGUUUUGAGAUUGUGAAUAUGUUGAAACAUUUUAGGUUGAUGUUUGUCAAUUUAUAGAUCAAUAUAUUAAUGUGGAUUUUACUUUUUGUUUUGAAAAUGUCUUAUUGGGUUUACUAGUAAUACCAAAUCUCACAGGGAUCAUUUCUCUAUCAUAAAUCAUUUGUUAAUUUACAGCAAAUUUUAUAUCCAUAAAUGCAAUCACAGCAAUAAGAAUCCUUCAUUUAGAUUUUUACCUCAGACUUCAAACUAUCCGUUUAUGCUCUGAACACUUCCCGUAACUAGAAAGCUGUAAAGACUGUACAAAUCUGUCAAUGUUUUGUGUUAUCUCUGUAAACGUUCUUGUUUUGUGACUCCUCUUAGAUACAGUCCCUUCUGUCCAACAGUAUUUAGAGCGGAUUUCCUUGUUUAUUUGUAUAUUUAAAGUUAAUAGUUAUAUAUUCGUUGCUGUUUUGUUAGCAUAUGUUUAGUG